AUGGCUCUUGAAGUAAUAAUAGGAAGUGACCACGCCGGUUUUCCACUCAAAGAGGAAGUCCGCAAAUACUUAGAGAAGAAGGGGUACAAAGUCGACGACAAAGGAACAUACACAGCAGACCGUUGUGAUUAUCCGGACUAUGCUGAGAAAGUUGGUCGUGCUGUUGUAGCUACUGGGAAGAAAGGUAUAUUAGUGUGUGGAAGUGGUAUUGGCAUUUCUAUAGCGGCUAACAAAAUCGAUGGAGUUCGAUGUGCUCUUUGCCACGACCACUAUACCGCUACAAUGUGUAGAAGACAUAACGACGCCAAUAUCAUCGCUUUUGGCGCAAGAGUUAUCGGCGUCGAUGUCGCUCUUGAUAUGGUCGAUACUUUCUUAGCUACAAAUUUCGAUGGUGAACACCACGUCCCAAGAGUCGAAAAGAUUCAUUUACUCGAAACUAAGAACUGA